AUGACAUCAACACCAACAUCCUACAGGGGUGCAAUCGCUCUCAUAACAGGAGGCAAUAAGGGCAUUGGAUUCGAGACUGCUCGUCAACUUGGCGAACUAGGUCUUAUUGUUCUCAUUGGUGCUCGAGACAAAACACGAGGCGAAGAGGCAGUGCGAAAGUUGGAAAAUGAAAAUAUUCAAGCGAAAUUGAUUGAACUUGAUGUGACGAAACAGCACACAGUUGACGAUGCGGCUCAACAAGUUCUAAGCGAUUAUGGUCGAUUAGAUGUUUUAAUCAAUAAUGCAGCUGUCUAUUUGGAAGGCGAAUCUCCCAGUCAUACGCAUAUGAGCAAAAUGCGUGAGACAUUUGAAACAAACGUUUUUGGUGUUUUUGCUGUCACGAAAGCGUUCAUUCCCUUGUUGCAAAAGUCGAAUAACGGGCGUAUUGUGAAUGUAUCAAGUCAAAUGGCAUCCUUUGGAAAGCCCUUACCGGAUCGUAAUCGAUUAGCCUAUUCAACAGCGAAAACAGUUGUGAAUAUGAUGACUGUGCAAUUCGAUCGAGAAUUUCGCGCUCAAAACUGGAAUAUAAAAAUCAAUAGUGUCAAUCCCGGAUUAGCGAAAACAGACAUGAGCAACAACAAGGAAGGUUAUCCGCCACCAAACGAAGCCGCUCGAACCAUUGUCCAUUUCGCAACACUGCCAGACGAUGGUCCAUCCGGAUUGUUCUUUGGUCCAGAAACAAAUCUACUGCCUUGGUAG